AGUGUGGACCACAGUGGAGAGUACAGGGACAGACCAGGCUUACAGAAAUACUCCUGCCCGCUGACGUUGGACCUCAAGACACCACACAGACGUCUGUCUCUGUCAGAGGGGAACAGGAAAAUGACAUGGGGGGCAGAGCGACCAUAUACUGAUCAUCCAGAGAGAUUUGACUGCUGCACCCAAGUUCUGUGCAGAGAGAGUCUGACUGGCCGCUGUUACUGGGAGGCUGAGUGGGAUGGAUAUAGAGCUGGGAUAGGAGUGACUUAUAAAGGAAUCAGGAGGAAAGGAGGGAGUGACUGUCGGCUUGGAAACAAUGACAAGUCAUGGAGUCUGCGCUGUGAUCCUGACAGUUACUCUGUCCGGCACAAUAAUAACAAGACUCUCAUACCGAUAGAGCCCUCAGGCUCCCGCAGAGUAGGAGUGUAUCUGGACUGGGAGGCUGGUACUCUGUCCUUCUACAGAGUCUCCUCCGAAGGACUGACCCUCCUGCACAGGGUCACCUCCUCAUUCACUGAGCCCCUCUGUCCAGGGUUUGGGGUUUAUCCAGGCACCUCAGUGUCACUGUGCAUGCUGGGAUAGCUCACUGCCUGCUGGAGGAAUCAUUUUUACUACAUAAGCAUAUAAGAAACUUACAAACGAGAAGAGGCCAUUCGGCAAAUCAAGCUCGUUUGGGGAGAACUUACUGUAUCAGUGUGACGUUGCUGGUUCUUCACGGUAAAUCUCUUCUCUUUAACCUGUAUAAUCUUUUUUUACUCUGAAAUUAUGUUUCACAAAAAUAAACGACUGGGUUUGGUGAGCUGAGCAAACAAUAAUAACUUUUUCUCUCUGACUAAAAUCUAAUGUACAAUAUAUAUAUUUGUCUAUAUAAGUAUAAGCCUAAAUAAAGGUGGUCCAUGCCUAUAAA